AAGGUAGCACUAUUGACCAAGGUCGAAAAAAAAUGUAAGGAAUAGCCAAUUAGCCAUGACCCAACUUCUAAACCUUACCCUUCCCAGCAGAACACCAGCGUUACCUUUGCAAUCUUCCUCUUCACCUAAUUCUUCAUCCCGCCAUCAAAAUUUUGCUGCUUUGAGCUACCAUUUGCGUAGCAAUGGCAGAUUUUCUUGCCUUUUCUCCGAUAAUCGUAAACAGGAUCAAGCUAGGAAAGCAUUAGAAAGUGCACUGGGUGGAAACAAGGAAAAGUUUGAGAAAUGGAACGAAGAAAUUAAGAAGAGGGAAGAAGUUGGUGGAGGAGGAGGUAAUGCUGGUGGUGGAGGUUGGUUUGGUUGGGGUGGACGAUUUGGCUGGUCCAAUGAUGAUAACUUUUGGCAAGAAGCACAACAAACUAGUCUUGCUGUAUUGGGCUUGCUUGUCUUGUACCUCGUAGCUGCCAAAGGAGACCUGCUGCUGGCAGUAACCAUCAAUCCGCUUUUGUUUGCCUUACGAAGUACCAGAAAUGGCAUCACUUCCAUUAUGUCAUUGGUAACCGGAAAAUCAUAUAUGGACAGCAAUGCAAAGUUUGAAGAAAUGAGACUGGAGUCGGCCCAAAGUAGUGCUAAAGAGAGUGUUAUGAAGAAAUGGGGAUCUGAUUGACAAUUCUGUUUUUCAAGGACUGAGCUAGUUGAGGUGUAGAAACAUAUCUAUACUAAUAUAUUAAAAGGCGUGCGUGAACGAGGAACGGUGCCACGUGGCGCUCUCCCUAGGGAGUUUUAGUUCAUGUAAUCCAUGUACAAUAAAAAAAAUUAGAAAUUGCAUAGUAUAGGUUUUGAUCCCAUGACCUCAUGGUUCAUGUACUAAAGUUUUAACCACUAUACCAAGUUGUAUUUAGUGUUAUCAUAUCAAACUACAAUAUUAAUAAAUGAAAAUGUUUCUUACCCGGGGCAUAGCCCGGGCCUAAUAACUAGUUUAGUGUGAAAUCUUGAUUGGAAAUGAAGAGUUUGUAAUGCAUAUAUGCAUGGCAUUUUUGGUUAUACAGGUUAUUAUGGACCCUUCUUUCAAAAUAA